AUGGCUGAGAUUCAACACCCAGGCCUCAACGCCACAUUCAGGGGCAGGCGUAACCAGUCCACAUCCGUUGAUCAAUUUCUAGGCAUCAAAUACGCCAGUAUUCCUGCUCGGUUCGAGAGAGCCGAGGUGGUCAACGGGUUCGAUGGUGCAGUUGUUGAUGCUACGAAAUAUGGUCCGAGAUGCCCCCAAGCUAAUGUAGAUGUUGGCCAUCUCCUCCGUAUUCCCGAGGAUUUCAGGAUUGAGCCAGAAGCAGAGGAUGAGUUCGAAUGUUUGAAUCUAGAAGUCACUUGUCCUGCCAACUCAUCCGCUACAGACGAUUUGCUACCCGUUGUUGUCUGGAUCCACGGUGGCUCUCAGAUAGUUUCAUUCUGCUCUGGGGCCUCGAAGAUCUGCGACCCGACCAAGAUUGUCGCUGACUCGGUCAAGAUGGGAAAGCCGGUCAUCUUUGUGUCAAUAAAUUACCGUCUGAAUAUCUUCAGCUUCGGAGAUGGCAAGGAAAGAAACCUGGCAUUGAAAGAUCAGCGUCUGGGAAUUGAGUGGGUGCGACAGAAUAUCGUCGGCUUUGGGGGAAAUCCUGAUAAUAUCACACUUUCUGGUGAGAGUGCCGGUGCCAUAUAUACUCAUGCACACCUCAUCACAGGUCCUCCUGUCAAACGGGCAGUUAUGGCGUCUGGAUCGCUCUAUCUAUCCUCGCCACUUCCACUGGAGAAGGGCGAUGGCUUGAUCAAGGCUCUAGAGUCGAAGGUUCAAGAGCUUGGUCAAGCAUCAUUGCGGCAAUCCUCAGUGCCUGUGAUGAUCCAAGCACUGGAUGAAUGCAAUGUGAACACAAUGUGGAUACAGGAAGAACCUGAAUUAGAAGGAUGGGAAACUCGACCAGAGCAGGUUGAUGAAGUUAUGAUUGGUGACGUCGAGUACGAGUCGGUGAUCUGGCGUAACGGCGUUGAGUCCCUUGAUGGAGAAACGAUCGCCGCCGCAUUUGACAACGAAAAGACUUGGGGGACCCAGCUGCGGAAGAUGUAUCAGGUCGUGGGCAACCGCCCUACCGCAGCGAAACUGGGCGCCCUGGAUCUCGUCAACGAUGUUCGCUACACUCUACCCGUUGAGAUUAUUUCCGACAAGCUGCGAAGUGCCAACAAGCGCGUGUUCCAAUAUGUGGUUGAUCAGCCUAAUCCCUGGCAGUCAUCUAGCCGUGCGCAUCAUGCAGUUGAUCUCCUCUUCCUCUUUGACGGGGUUGAUCUGUCCUUCAACCCUGCAGCCAGUGCUGUUGGGGAGGAGAUGCGACAGCGCUGGAUUCGGUUCAUCAGCGGUGAAGCGCCGUGGUCUUUUGACCGAAGAUUUGCCUAUGGACCGGUGGGCGAAUGCAAGGAGAUUGAUGAUGUGCAAUUUGCUACUCGCAGACGUGUAGAACACUGCAAGGUGCUCAGGGAAGCUGGUCCUAGUGCUUACAUGCCCAUUGUCUUCGCUUUGACCGCGGGGCGCAUCAAUUUGCUUAAUUAA